CUGAUGUCGGUUGAUCAAUGUUAUUAUUUGUUGCAGUCGGUAUCGCCGCCGGGUCGAGUAGUGCGCGGCCGUAGGGUCAGAUAAUAUAUAACUAAAUCUUCAUUUCUCGGUGGUCUAUAACAACGGACGAAAUGUGUAGAUUUGUUUUAUUCGUGAUCUCUUUAGUGUUUGCGUCGACAGUGGCGCCACUUCCGGGCACCAACAAGGUAUACCGUUCCGACUACGUUUACAAUAGGAAAGCCGAUGCUUUCUACAAGUUUCACACUGAAACACUGAGUAGUACAGAGGCGAGCUCCGUUUGCCAGGUGGAAGGAUCAGUGCUAAUGACACCGAGUUCACAUUACGACAUCGAACAACUUCACGGCAUGGUCAAGCAGUUCCCUGAUAUUGGCGACAAAGUCUGGGUCUCGUCAGACGGCGAAGAACACGAGUCUGAUGAAGAACCUGCUAUUAUUGAUUUGGAGCCUCGACCUGAUCGGUUCUCGUCACAGUUCGACCGUACAUGCGAAGUAGUGACGCGCCAUGGCAAAAUCGAGGCCACUUACUGCUCGCGCAGGCUUCCCUUUAUCUGCAAGGUCCCGGCCAGAGAUGCACCCUACAACAGCGAGUGCGGAGUUUACAGCACAGGCUAUAUUAAAGGGCAGAACGUCAGCAGCUGCUACAAGAUUCCUCGCAUCGCAUACACCUGGAACCAGGCGUAUGCAGAGUGCCAGGCGCAAGGAGCCCACCUGGUGGUCCUCAACUCCCAGGCGGAGAGUGACGCGGUCUUCGAGAUUAUGAAGAAUGACGCGAAGAUCGAAGGGGCGCACUUCUGGUGGUUCUUUUUCGCCGGCUUCAGGGCUGAAGUGCCGACGGACGGGUCUCCGAGGGUGUUCAAAACGAUUUUCAAUGAGACUUUAGAAGAAGCUGGCUAUAGCACUUGGGCGGAGAAUGAGCCCAACAACGCUUUGAACAACGAAAACUGCGGGUCAAUAUUCAAGAACGACGGUAAACUCAACGAUGUGUCCUGUACACAUUUAUACGGAUUCAUAUGUGAGAAAGAGAUAACACACAAGUGAUUAAGUACUGUAUAAUACUAGAAAUAUGUGCUUGGUUAAAGUUAGUUCUUUCCAAUAAAAUGUUCGUUGAAACGAAUUUUAAAAUCGCAAUUUCGUAGAUGCGUUUGUUGUAAAGCUAUCUCUAUCUAUCUAUCCAACCUGAAACAUUGCC